GUCCUCUUCUUCCUCUUUCCGUCUUCUCUCUUCGUUUCUCUAUUACUGAAACCGUAUCUCAUUCUUGCUUGUAUCCAUCUUUGACAAUCAACUUCGUUUGCAGCCCAUAUACCUCCGCAGAUCACACGAUGUCUCGUUCUCUGGAGGGCAAGCUCGGCAUCGUGACCGGCGCCUCUCGAGGCAUCGGCGUCGCCAUCGCCGAGAACCUCGCCGCAAAGGGCUGCAACCUCAUUCUGGGCUACACCUCCACCUCCUCAAAGACUCCGGCCGAGCAGCUCGCCACCGACCUUCAAACCAAGCACAACAUCCAGACCCUCGCCGUCCAGGCCGACAUGGGCACGACCGACGGCCCCGCGUCCCUCGUCGCGACCGCAAAGGCCCACUUUGAGGGGCUCAAAGGCGGCAGGUUCCAGGUCGACGUGCUCGUCAACAAUGCCGGCGUCGCCCACAACAACCUCCUGCCCGCUGUCACCGUCGACCAGUUCGAUGUCUCGUACCGCGUCAACGUCCGCGGCCCGCUCCUCCUUGUCCAGGCCGUGCAGCCCUACCUGCCCACCGACCGCAGCGGCCGCAUCGUCAACAUGUCGUCCGUCAGCUCCUCCACCGGCUUCCCCGAGCAGAGCGUCUACGGCGGCACCAAGGCCGCCCUCGAGGCCAUGACCCGCACUUGGGCUCGCGAGCUCAGCGAAAACGCCACCGUCAAUGCCGUCAACCCGGGCCCCGUCCUGACCGAGAUGUACGCCGGCAACACCCCCGAGUUCAAGCGCUUCAUCAAGGGCUUCAUCGAGCACGCCCCGCUUAUGAAGGCCCGCUCGGGCGUCGACUCGGACGACCUCGUCAAGGCCGCCGAGGAGGAGGGCGGUCGUCCGGCGUACGUCGGCGAGAUCGCCGGUAUCGUCGGCAUGCUCGUCUCGGCUGAGUCGGCGUGGUGUACGGGUCAGGUUGUGUGUGCCAACGGUGGCAUGUUAUUUGGCAUGCAGUGAUUAGUUGCUAAUGAUGAUGAAAAACGAUGGGCAAAUGGCUGGCUGGCUAGUUAUAAGAUAGACUUAGAAUUGAUUCCCCACAUUCACAAAU